CGCCCGCGUGUGAUGAACCUGGAGCGGCCGGUGGGUGUGGGUGUCCGGGGCCUGGAUAUGGAGCAGCGGACGGGGGGGAAGCUGGGGAAACUGACCCUGGGCUUCCAGAGGAGCUCUACGUCAGACGAUGACUCAGGUUGUGCCCUGGAGGAAUACGCCUGGGUACCGCCUGGACUCAGACCUGAACAGGUACAGCAGUAUUUCUCCUGUCUUCCGGAGGACAAGGUCCCCUACGUCAACAGUCCUGGAGAGAAACACAGGAUCAGACAGCUGCUCUACCAGCUGCCGCCUCAUGACAAUGAGGUACGGUACUGCCACUCUCUCAGUGAGGAGGAGAAGAGGGAGCUCCACAUGUUCAGUGUCCAGAGAAAGAGAGAGGCUCUGGGGAGAGGAACCCCCAGGAUGCUCCCCCGAGCCCUGCAACACACCCUCUGUGAACAUGCAGAGCAGCAAUCCUAUAAAGAGCUGCUUCUCCCUCCUGAUGCUCUUCCUGUAGGCAGAGCAGCAAUCCUAUAA